AUGUCUCCUACGCAAAUUGUACGAGUCCCUCACUUGGGGGGUAUCGAUGCUUCCUAUCAUAUGCCCUACCCGUAUGAUGCAAAGAAGCCCACGCUUGUUCUCGUCAACUCCUUCACCACCUCCGUGGAUCUCUACCAGAAACAAUAUGAUGACAAAGCGUUGACGGACUCCAUGAAUCUACUGGCCAUAGAACUGCUUGGCCAUGGCCAAACACGAACCAAGCGUGAGAAUUGGACCUAUUGGGAUACCGCGGAGAUGAAUUUGCAGGUCUUGGAUGCCCUCGGCAUUGAAAAGGCCUUUGUGCUCGGUACGAGCCAAGGUGGUUGGAUCACUGUUCGAAUGGCGCUUAUGCGACCGGAGAAGAUCCAAGGAAUCAUCCCGCUUGGAACCUCGCUGGACAACGAAUCUGAGCGCACACGCCAGCUUAAUUGCUGGAAUGGCCCCGGGCUCCUGCGCCCCAAUAUUACGAAGUGGACUACAAACGAGCCUUCUCAAGACUUUGAGCCGGACACCGGGUACUGUGACUUCCUUAUUGACAUUGGUUUCAAUGAAUGCGCCCCGGAGCUCCGCGAAUUCUGGCGGAAGACGAUCAAGGCCAACUAUCGUGGCGAUGACGGUCGUCGACGUAUCCGGAUGGCGGCCAUUAACCUUGCUGAACGAGAUGGACUGCAUUCCCGCCUGUCCGAUGUUCGGUGUCCUGUGCUGUGGCUACACGGUACCAAAGACGUGGUGUACUCGAUCGCAAACGCUCAAGAGGAGAUCAAGAUGUUCGUGAACUCUCCGGAUGCACAGUUAGUGACGGUGGAAGCUGGGGCUCAUUUCUUGAGUGGCUCUCAUCCGAACGAAGUAGACAAGGCCCUGAUUGAAUUUGUGAUGAAGUACAACUGA